CGAAAUUGAACUGAAAUGAAAAUAUAAAUACUGUUGUUGUUUUGUUUGCUAUUUUUUUCGACGAAGAUCGCGCCGUUUGUAAAUUGCGUAUAUUAAAUUCAAAUUUAAGAAUAAAUUUAUUUUAUUCACUCAAGAAAGUGAUUAUUUAAUCAUGGUGAAACUUACAGCGGAACUAAUUCAAAUGAGUCCUCAGUUCAUCAAUACAGUUCGAGACAGACAACUAGAUUUAAGAGGUUAUAAAAUUGGUAUUGUAGAAAAUCUUGGAGCCACAUUGGAUCAAUUUGACUGUAUUGAUUUAUCUGAUAAUGAUAUCCGAAAGCUGGAUGGAUUUCCAUUGUUGAAGCGUUUAAAGACAAUCUUUGUGAACAAUAACAGAGUUUGUCGAUUUGGUGAGAAUUUGCAAGAAUGCCUUCCUAAUUUAGAAUCUAUCGUAUUAACUAAUAAUCACAUUCAAGAACUUGGUGACAUUGAUCCAUUGUCAACAGUUAAGACACUUACAACUUUGAGUUUAUUAAAAAACCCAGUAGCUUCUAAGAGACAUUAUCGACUGUAUGUGAUUCACAAGUUACCUCAGCUUAGACUCCUGGAUUUCCGAAAAAUUCGUCUGCGGGAGAGAGAGGAAUCUGCCAAAUUAUUUAAGGGUAAAAAGGGAAAAAAACUGGAAAAAGAAAUUGGAAAAAGAGCUAAAACAUUUGUUCCUGGUGGAGAUUUGCCUAAUGCUGCAUCAACAUCCAAACCUAGUGGUCCAACUGCUGCUGAUAUAGAAGCUAUAAGAGAAGCAAUUAAGAAUGCCACAACUCUGGAAGAAGUAGAAAGAUUGAAACAAAUGCUGAAAACUGGACAAAUACCAAGAAAAGAUUCCAUUUCUUCUAGACAACAUGAUGAGGAGGAAAUGGAUACAGAUGCUCCAACGAAUGGAAAAUGAAGUGUUUUUGAAAAUGUUGAUUGCAUGAAGUAUUUGUUUUGAAGAACCAUCUUUUAUACUGAGCAUUUUUGAGUCAUAAAUUAUCCAUUACUUCUUUUUUGUAAAUAAUAAGGAAAUAAAUUUCUUUUCAUUUGUGAAAA